GCGUUUUUAUUUUCCUCCGCCAUCUAGCCAUCAAUACGUUAAAAAGUAAAGAGUUAUAAAUACAACGUUUUUCCUUUCUAUGCAUCUCUGCAAAGCUGACACCAAAACAUCUAUCGUUUAAACAGCAUGAAUCAUAAAGCAGCAGGAUGUGUGUGUGUACAAGAGUGUGUCACACACUUACAUGAGAGCAGCCAGCGCUGGCCUGUCUUCACCCUGCUGCCACAGACAUUAUGGCGGCGCAGACAGAGGUCCCAUUUUGCCUCAAAGAAUGCAUAACUCAGUAUCUGAAGCCACAGAGGGUUCAGUUCAUGAGUUUGGUGCAGCUCAACCAGUACAAGGGACGAGCAGAGAGCAGAGUUUUGGUGAUGUCUCAAUGGAGAGCUCAUGUGUUCCACAGCAAGCAACCAGUGAAGGUGGAGAGUUCCUUCAGUUAUCUAGAGAUCUAUGCCAUCUCUAUCGACAGCAUUGAGCAGGUGGUUAUUGAGACGGACAGGCAGAUCUACUCUCUUAGCCUGAUGUCAGUGCGAGAUCUGGAAGCUGUGGUCACCCAUGUCACCGCCUCACUCAAGAAGAUUUUUCCGGAUUCAUCGCCCGGGAAGUUGCUGAAGAAAGUUCCCCCUGACCUCCAAGAGCGGCUAUGCAGUCUUGCCUCUAGAGUUGAAGAACAUGUGAAUGGAGCAGUUGGACCAUGUGGAGGCUUUUCGGACACUUAUGCAGCUUUGUGUGACUUCAAUGAGUUCCCUUGCUGUAUGGAAGUUCAGUGGGACGUCGAUAACAUUUACCAUGUUCAGAACUGUCGGGUUUUCAGCCUCAUUGACUUCAGUCACUUAGACAGCAGAGACUUGGCUUUAGCAGUGGGUGCUUUGUCCUUCAACCAAUGGUUCACCAAGAUAUGCAGCAAGGACUUCAAACUGACCCCUGAUGUGCAGGAGCAGGUCCUCUAUAUGAUCGCCCGGUCCUGUUCUCUGGAGGAGAUCAGUCUGGAGGCCAGCGGACUCAAAAUGGAUUUUGCUGUGAAGAUGGCCAGCGCUUUUCGGGACAGUUCUGCCUCUGCUGUUCAUAUCAUAAACCUCUCUGUCAAUGCUAUUGAAGAUAAAGGAGUGAUUGCUCUUAGUCAGAGUUUGGGCAGACUGCCUCGUGGCCUCAGUCAGCUGCACCUUUCCAAGGUCUCUAUGUCCCCGAAAGGCCUGGGCUGUCUGGUUCAAGUUCUUCAUCAAAGUACAUCUCUCUGCAACACUCUCACCCACCUAGACUUGAGCGGAAACAUCGGCUGCCUGGCGACAGAAGAGGCUGUGAGCCUCUUUAAGUUCCUAUCUGCUCCAAAUGCAGUUUCUCACCUGGACCUCAGCUACACCGACUGCCCUCUAGACACAUUGUUUGUGUCUUUGUCUGCGGGCUGCUGCACUACUCUGAGCUACCUCAACCUCUCCAGGAACACUUUUUCUCAUAGGAAAGUACGAGAGGUCACACGCAGUGUAAGGGAUUUCUUCAGCAAGAGCACUGUGUUAAAAUACGUGGGAUUGGCUGGAACUAAACUACCUCCAGAAGCUCUCAGAUUGUUACUACAGGGCUUGGCCACCAACACUUAUCUAUCUGAGCUGGAGCUUGACAUCAGCUGUUGUGAGCUGAGGUCGGCUGGAGCUCAUGUGAUUCAGGAACACAUCUUUGAGGCCAAGGCCAUCUGCAGUCUGGACCUGUCUGACAAUGGUUUUGAGAGCAAUAUGGUUACUUUAAUUCUCUCCAUUGGUCGCAGCCAUUCAAUUCGGCACCUUUCAAUUGGACGCAAUUUUGCCAUGAAGUCUAAAGCUCUUACAGAUGUGUUACACCGCCUUGUUCAGCUAAUUCAAGAGGAGGAGUGUCCACUGGAGUCUCUCUCUGUAUGUGACUCAAAGUUGAAAACUGGUACCACCAUCCUCAUCAACAGCCUGGGCAGCAACGCCAGCCUGUCCAAGAUUGAUAUCAGUGGAAACUGUAUAGGUGACACAGGAGCAAAGAUGCUAGCAAAGGCCCUCAUGAUCAACACCAAGCUAAAAACACUGGUUUGGGACCGAAACAAUGUGACUGCUGGAGGAUUUAUGGAUGUGGCCAAUGCCAUGGAAAGAAACGUGACACUACAGAACAUGUCUAUUCCAAUGAGUGAUGUUCUUCAAGCGUACCGAAACACUCCAGAGAAGAUGGAGGAGGCUUUACAGAAAAUCCAGACUUUUUUACACAGGAACAAUCAGAGACAGUGUAGAACAGGUGAGGAUUUGUGUCAUCUGCAGUAUGGACUGAAGACCACUCGCUCUGAACAGUUGGUGCAGGAUCUCUGUAAGAAACUACAGGAAAGUGUGCAUCCUUUAACCUGCUACAAUAUACAAGAGGUGCAGUCGGACAUCUUGCUUGCAGAGGAAGCGCUUCAACAUGCAAAGACGGCCAUUAGUUCUUUCGCAGGGCUUUAUGAGUUGGGCAGAGCGCCCUCUAGUGGUCACAUGCUGAAAUGCAUUCUCAAUGAUGCUGCUACAGCCUUGAGGAGUGAGAUCACUGAGGAAAUCCAGGAACUGGCAACGGCAAUGCUGCAGUCUGCCCAGCUGACCUGCCCCAGAGUCGUCCAGAGGUCGAGUGUCAGCGAGCAUUUGGCAGAAUGUGUGGCCAGGAAGACACGUCAGGCUGCACACUUCAUUCAAAACACAAUGCAAGAGACAGAGAACAGCAUCAGAAACAAGCUCAGUGAACUGAAACUGUCUGUCAGUGUCUCUCUGGUGGAAAGUAUAAUUGAAGAAGUUCUUCAGGAUUUGUCAGUGGCUCAGGAAAAGCUGGACAAGCACAUGAGGGAGUUUUCCCAGUCCACCAAUAUCAAGGCCAAUGUUCCUCAGCUCAGAGUGAUGGAGCAUGAAUUCCCCACAGAUGAUUAUGUCCCCGUAAACUGGAGGAACAGCUUCCACUCCCGUAGCAUCCGUCCCGCCCCUUCCAUCAAAAGUUUGUUAGAUGUGGAAGGGGAACAGCAGGCGCGUGCGGCCACACAUCCCCAGCAGGAGGUAGAGGAGAGAGGAGGGGGAGGGCCUCAGGUCUCCAGGGUAGGAAUGGAGGAGAGGAGGCGGGCCCUGUCAUUGUCAUUGGCCACGGGGCUGUCAGUCACAGCGGCAGGCCAGCUGAAGCCAGGAAGCCCCUCCUACUUGAGGAGAGAGGCGGAUGCUGCUGCCGCUCCCGCUGCUGCUGCUGCCGCUCUUAGCAACAGAGAGCCCCGGCGCUCGGAGCCUGCACCUCCUCAGCCCCCUAUGGACCUGCCCAUCGAAGGACACACACUGAGGCACUACACCCGCUCCAGGCCCAGACCCAACCGCCGGAACAGACAGCCUCCCAGCAAGCCGCAGGAGCAGGCAGCUGAGAGCGAGAAUGAGGCCAAUGAGAACAUGGGGAGGGUUGAUGAAGGUGUAGAAGAGUUCUUCACCAAAAAAAUCAUCCCUGAUGACCCCCUAAAGCACCAGAGGGAGGAGCCCCUCAUUAAAGCACAACCUGCAGAGCCCACGUCUGUCACAACUGCCCCUCCUACCACCUCCACUACAACCCCCAUCCCCACCACAGCCCCCUCCAAAAACAUUAAGAAGAAGUUUGGUGACUUUUUCGCCUUUAAGAAAGUCCGAGCAGGUCGAGGGGCCAAGGGCGACGGCGUUCCUGAGGGCAAGGUCAAAAAGACUUCAAUAGCAGAUCUCAUCCGACCACUCCGGGAGGCAGCACGUGCAGAGAAAGAGCGAGAAAAGGAAAGGGAAAGAGAAAAGGAGAGGGAACGAGAGAAGGAGAAAGAAAAGGAGAGGGACAAAGAGAAAUUGGAUGAGGAAAACAUAGUCAAGGCAGUCACAACCACGGCCACCACCACCAUCCUCACCAUCACAGAUUCAACAACAACUGCACCAGUUAUUGAGGACAAAAUGUCACCCAGAGCUCUGUCACCUGCCCCCACACCUGUACUGACCCCACCUGCAUCCACUCCCACACCUCCUGCCUCCUCUCCGAGCAAAACCGAAGAGGUCCCAGCACUGUCCCCUGCUGCACCUCCCACUCCCACCAAAACCCCCAGCCCAGUCCCAGUUGUGUCACCCUCAGAGCGGGAGAAGAGCCGGACCCUGGAAAAGAGCCGCACCCCAGAUGGAGAGCGGAGGCCUAAACCCAUCCGUCGCUCUCUCAGAGAAGGCAAAUCACAGUCCCUCAUCCUGCUCUCAGACGUCUUGCCAGAGCAGGAUGACACAGCCACGCAAGUAAAGAAACAUGCCUCAGAGAGCUCGUCCAGCUUUGAACAGCGUCUCCAUGUCAUGCUUCACCGCAUGGGAGUCACCAAAACAUCUCCUACUGACACCAAACAGAGCCAGAGCAAGGAUGAGGAGCUGAGGAAAGCCAACUCUGAGGGGGCAAUACUUGACAAACCUGAGCCACCGCCUACAUUUAUGAAACCCCGCACAAUGUCCACCUCAUCAGACACCAGGCGACCAACCCGAGUGACCCAAAGUGUUACAGACUUCCACCGUACAGAAAAGCCACUACUUCCAGAGCGUCCUAUAGGCCCGUUGCCCCCUAAACCGGCCAUGAAGCCCAUUUUGCUUCCCGGUAGUGAGGCAGCACGGACGGCCACGCCCAGUCCCAAGCUCCCCAGCCCCUCUCAGGAUGGCCAGGCAGAGGUAUCCGAGACCAUCUCUCUCUCCCAGCCUCAGGAGAAAGAUCCUCCAACCCCAUCUCCCCGCAAAGAGACGCCCCCAGCCCCCUCACCACGGAGGAAUCUCAGAACGGAUAUCAGAGAGCGUUCAGAGAGAGCACAAUCCGUCACUGAAGAGACCCUCCCUAUACCACGGCCCCGCAUGAAGCCCUCUCCCCAGCGCCGUGCUGUGUCUGUCCAUGAGGACUCUCUCCUCCAACACGCCGCCAUGCUUGACCCUGAGGAGCUAAAGGCUGCGCUGCCAAGACGGCAGAGGUCACCGGGGCGGAAGCGAGGAAACCUGGGGGAACUGACGCCCUGCUCAGAGGAUUUACCAGAGGGUGAGGAAGUGAAAUCUGGGGAAAAGGAGGACGGCACUGGACAGGUCGAUGAGGCGAACAGCACAACAGUCACAGACAGCCAAUCAGAGCAGAGCCCAUCCGAGCUCAGCAAGCAAGUGACCAACCAGGAGAGGGGGGAGACAGUCUCAGAGGAGCACACAACGCAGGGAGAAACAUCAGACCAAAGAACUGAAUCCCCCUCACCUGAGAUACACAUGGACUGACCCUGCGCAAAUCUAUUUUCUAUCAUGUGUACCUUUGCCUUGCACGCCAGAUUAUGUACAAAAGAAUGAAUUAUGAACAAAUGCGUUUAAAAAAAACAAAAAAAAAAGUAAAUCAAUACCUAUACUUGUUAAUAAUGAUUAAAAAGUGAAUUCUGUUGUGUCA